GUGGACAAGCUGCAGUAUUUCGCAUCCGCUGGCUGGAAUGGCCAAGGCCAGACGAGCCUGAACACGCCCGGAUUCAUCAAUAUGACCCUAAGGCAGCCGUAUGGGGUUGUUGCGGCGAUUAUCCCCUGGAAUGUCCCAGUUUAUUUCUUCAUCAACAAGGUGGCGCCGGCGAUCGCUGCGGGAAACACGGUUGUCAUCAAGAGUAGCGAAAAGGCGCCUUUGACGUCGGCCCGAGUUGCUCAUCUGAUUCAGCGCGCUGGGUUUCCACCAGGUGUCAUCAACGUCCUGUCUGGCCAUGGGAAUAUCUCGGGCUCCGCUCUGGCGCAUCAUAUGGAUGUCAGGUUGAUCACUUUCACCGGCUCUGGACGCACAGGACGACUCAUCCAAAAGGCAGCGGCCAACUCCAACCUGAAGAAUGUGAUCUUUGAGCUGGGAGGCAAAUCCCCUACCGUGAUAUUCCCCGAUGCGGAUCUAGAGAAGGCCGCAAAGGAGACAGCAUAUAGUAUCCAAUGGAACAGCGGCCAAGUAUGCAUGGCGAACUCUCGCAUCUAUGUCCAUGCUUCCAUCGCCGACCAUUUCAUCUCCCUGUUCAAGGGGAGCUUUCAGUUCGUGGCGAUGGGCGAUCCCACAAAGCCCGGCGUAAACCACGGUCCGCAGGCCGAUGAAACCCAGUUCAACAUCGUGAAACGCUACAUUGAACUGGGGAAGCAAGACGGUGAACUCAUCCUGGGAGGAAACGAGGUUCAGGGUCACAAAGGUUACUUUAUCCCGCCGACCGUCUUCACAAAUACGCCGGAGAGCUCUCAGAUCAUGAAAGACGAGGUAUUUGGCCCGGUGACCAACAUCAAUGUGUUUGAAACGGAGGCCGAGGUUAUUAAGAUGGUCAACUCCUCUGAGUUUGGCCUCUACGCUGCUGUCUACACGCGGGAUGUGAACCGGGCCAUGCGCUUUGCGACGUCGAUGGAGGCCGGUACCGUGGGGAUCAACUGCACGAGCCCGACUGGCGCGUUUGACAUGCCCUUUGGAGGAUAUAAGGCAAGUGGCGUUGGAAGGGAGGGAAUUCAUCACAGCCUCGACCACUACCUUGAAACAAAAACCGUACAUCUGAAGGUUGAGGGACUCUAAUUGGUUUUAAUAUGAUAUGCGUGAUUGUUAUGGGGGAC